AUGUAUAUCAUCGCUGGACUCAUGAUGAAUAGAUGGGGCUUCGAGAGGCUGAAGCGACACGGAUCUGUACAUCUUCAGAUGCGCGUCAAUGACAGAGCUAUUAGUACAAUGGUCGGCAUUUGGACGGCAGCUUCUAGGUCCCUAAGACAACUUGGCCAAUGCUCGAAUGCGCACAAAACUCUUGGACAAAACGACUGUUGUUCCUGCAGAAUGUACUUACAGUGGAGUAAGAAUCGAGCUGAUGCCGCAAAAACAACGGUUCAGAAGCACCUUGACCCUCGCUAUUGGAAGCACAUGACAUUUCCUCCUUCGCCUGAAGAGUUAGAAGCAGCAGAGAUGGUCUUGUCUAAUUACUGCCAGGAUUGUAUCAAGCACGGGGAGUUGAAGGAGGCUAUGUCAGUGUUGCAGCAUGCAGUGCAUAAGCUGCCAAAUUCGGUUCAACUCCAGUUAAUGCUCGCGGAUGUCAGAUCUAGAGCGCCGAAGUCUGAUCGAAAAGCUAAGCGGAGAGCUGCAAAGGCAAAACGAACGGUGCCAAAGGAGAUUUGUUCAAAAGCAGAAGGGCCUCAACCAGAGGAAUAUUUUACAGCAGAUCUUUUCUGUGUUACCCCAAUAACCAGAUCGACUAAUUGA